AAGACAAGAAACUUCCACAAUAUAUUUUUAGUAUCACUGGCUCAGAAAAAGGCUCAUUCAAAUCCUGUAUCAAAGCCAUGUGUGAGAAUCUUGAGAAAGCAUCAGUUGACUGACUUGACAAGGGAGGAAGCAACCAAAAAUUCUGCCCUUCUUCAGUAUCUGAGUAUGGUAUUUUGCUUCAACAUCCCUCUUAGAUGAAGUUAUUGAUUGAAAAUCAUUUAAGUUUGCCCCAUGGUAAAAGAUCAAGUCCUCAGAAAGAUCUCCAAAGCAUUUACGGUUUGUUUUGUUUUGGUAAGUUUACCAUGAUUUUGCUUGAAUUGCUCUCCGUUGAUCUUCUCAGCUAAGAUUGAGGUAGAGUUGCACAGCAGAAGAGGGCUGCAUGUACCUGGGGGUACAAGGAUUGCUUCCUAAACAAUGAUAAGCACACAGCCACCUAAUAGUCUGGAUCGGCUGAGACCAUUCUGAUUUCAAACACCCAGUCCCCUUGCCUUCCUAAGAACCCCCGUGUUUCUCAGACUGAAGAUGUGUUUUGAAUUUUGUUCACGAAGUGAGGCCGCUGUUGAAACUCGUCAAGACUGGGAAAGAGCCAAAGUGGGAAGGAGCAUGGGUUGAUUGGCACGAAAGUAGGUCUGUUGAUAAAGAAUGGAAGUAAAGGGGACAUCAGGUAGAAGCUUUUGCUGUGAGUCAGAAGGACAAUUUAAAAGUUGCCUAAAGAGGCACACGCCAUCUCUGCUGCUGCCUUCCAGUUGGAAGGGAAACUCAGGUUCCUGCCUAAUGGCCGAAGCCCUUCACAGAAUGUCCCCCACCCCUACCGGCUGCCCACUGCCCCUCCCCCUCUGCAGAAUGUCUGGGGUCCUAUGUUCCAAAAACCUGUUACAUUCAAAUUUUAACUGCUUCAGUUGGACUCAGGAGCAUCUGCUGAGCCAGGUCACUCUCUGGGUCUUACCCUUGGCUUUUCUCAUUGCGGAAACUGCCAGACAACGGUGGUCAGUGCCCAGCCUGAGGGGAUGGCUUCAAAUGGAGCAUACCCAGUGCUGGGACUGGGCGUGACCAUGAACCCUGGCACCUCCCUGUCUGUGUUCACGGCUCUGCCCUUCACCACACCCGCUCCCGGCCCAGCACACGGGCCGCUCCUUGUGACUGCAGGGGUUCCUCCAGGCGGCCCUCUGGUGCUGUCUACCUUCCCCAGCACACCUCUGGUGGCACAACAGGAUGGCUGCGGCCCGAGUGGGGCCGGGGCUUCCAACGUCUUUGUCCAGAUGAGGACAGAGGUGGGGCCUGUGAAGGCCACUCAGGCACAGACCUUGGUCCUAACUCAGGCCCCCCUAGUCUGGCAGGCUCCAGGCACCCUCUGUGGAGGUGUUGUGUGUCCACCUCCCCUACUUCUGGCAGCUGUUGCUGUGGUGCCUGUUAUGGCUGCCCAGAUGGUUGGGGGCACCCAGGCCUGUGAGGGAGGCUGGUCCCAGGGCCUUCCUCUUCCACCACCACCACCAGCAGCUGCCCAGUUGCCCCCCAUUGUGUCCCAAGGGAAUGCUGGGCCAUGGCCACAAGGGGCUCAUGGAGAGGGCAGCCUGGCUUCCUCCCAGGCCAAGGCCCCACCAGAUGACUCCUGUAACCCCAGGAGUGUCUAUGAGAACUUCCGACUCUGGCAGCACUACAAGCCCCUGGCCCGGAGGCACCUUCCCCGGAGUCCUGACACCGAAGCGCUUUCGUGCUUCCUCAUCCCAGUUCUCCGAUCUCUGGCCCGGCGGAAGCCCACCAUGACCCUGGAGGAGGGACUGUGGCGGGCCAUGCGGGAAUGGCAGCACACGAGCAACUUUGACCGGAUGAUCUUCUACGAGAUGGCGGAAAAAUUCCUGGAGUUUGAGGCUGAGGAGGAGAUGCAGAUUCAGAAAUCGCAAUGGAUGAAGGGGCCCCAGUGCCUGCCUCCUCCAGCCACACCGAGGCUUGAACCUCGAGGACCCCCAGCCCCUGAGGUGGUCAAGCAGCGAGUGUACCUUCCCAGCAAGGCCGGCCCCAAAGCCCCGACUGCCUGCCUGCCACCACCCAGGCCCCAGAGGCCAGUGACCAAGGCCCGCCAGCCACCACCCAGGCCCCAGAGACCAGCAGAGACCAAGGUCCCUGAGGAGAUCCCCCCAGAAGUGGUGCAGGAGUAUGUGGACAUCAUGGAGGAGCUGCUGGGGCCUUCCCUCGGGGCCACGGGGGAGCCCGAGAAACAACGGGAAGAGGGCGAAGUGAAGCAGCCACAGGAAGAGGACUGGACGCCCCCAGACCCGGGCCUCCUGAGCUACAUUGACAAGCUGUGUUCCCAGAAAGACUUCAUCGCCAAGGUGGAGGCCGUCAUUCAUCCCCGAUUCCUGGAAGAAUUGCUUUUCCCAGAUCCACAGAUGGAUUUCUUGGCCCUAAGCCAGGAGCUGGAGCAGGAGGAAGGACUCACCCUUGCCCAGCUAGUGGAGAAGCGCCUCCUACCCUUGAAGGAGAAACAGCAUGCGAGGGCAGCCCCUAGUCAUGGCACAGCCCGGUUGGACUCAAGUUCUUCUAAGUUUGCAGCUGGCCAAGGAGCAGAGAGAGACGUCCCUGACCCCCAACAAGGGGUUGGCAUGGAAACCUGCCCACCCCAGACGACUGCCCGGGACUCUCAGGGACGAGGCAGAGCACACACUGGCAUGGCCAGGUCCAAAGACUCUGUUGUGCUUUUGGGAUGUCAGGAUUCCCCUGGGCUGAGGGCUGCCCGGCCAACCUCUCCUCCCCAGGACCACAGACCCACCUGCCCUGGCGUGGGUACCAAGGAUGCCUUGGAUCUCCCUGGAGGGUCUCCUGUCAGGGAGUCACAUGGGCUGGCUCAGGGGUCAAGUGAGGAGGAGGAGCUCCCCAGCCUGGCCUUCCUCUUGGGUUCCCAGCACAAGCUGCUGCCCUGGUGGCUACCCCAGAGCCCUGUCCCUGCCUCGGGCCUUCUCAGCCCAGAAAAGUGGGGACCCCAGGGAACUCAUCAGUCCCCAUCUGCUGAGAGCAGAGGCCUCAACCUAGCACCUUCUGCUGCCAAGAAGUCCAAGAAGCGACCUCUCUUUGGAAGCCUGUCCCCUGCUGAAAAGACACCCCACCCAGGGCCUGGGCUCAGGGUCUCUGGGGAGCAAUCCCUGACUUGGGGGCUGGGUGGCCCCUCACAGUCUCAAAAGAGAAAGGGUGACCCCUUGGUCUCCAGGAAGGAGAAGAAGCAGCAUUGUAGCCAGUAGGGGCUUCUGAGCAGGCUCUCUGGGGCCAAUCCCCAAGGAUGGGGCUCUGGCAUCCGAUGCCCCAAAGCGGUCAAAAGCUUCUUCUCCCCCAGUGCUGACCUUGCUGGGCCUUAGCUUUGGAGGGUAGGGGAGGGAGAGGGUGGCUGAAUGGGGAGGGCAGGAAGGGAGGGUCUGGGGGGAAGGGGCUGGGGAGUGGGGGUGGGAAGCAGUGCGUUGGGGGCCUCGUGUGUAAGUGUGAAUAAAUGUAGUUGUCUUGGAAAAUGCU